AGAGGAUCUGCUGCUUUCUGCAGCUGUUGGACUGUGAUACUGGGCAGAGAAGAGCACUUCAGUCUCCUACAAACUGUGAUGGAAUAUGACAGGUCAUAGAAACAAGUGUGGAUUCAUAAAGACGUCUGAAACACGGAGCCCUGGGGAGAGGGACUGCAGUGUCUUGUGUGAACUAAUCUCUCGCUGACCACUUGUAUACAGAUGACCAGUCAUGGCCAUGGCAUCAGACUCAGCAGAAGAUUCAGUGGAUGAAGUUGUGUCUAAACACACUUCGAGGAUAACACUGUCUAUUGUUCUGGUGACCAUCAUUAUAAUGACUGCCCUUGGUAAUCUGCUUGUGAUGGUGGCACUCUGUAAAGACAGACAGCUAAGGAAGAAGAAGACCAACUUCUUCAUUGUAUCGCUGGCAUUUGCAGACCUUCUAGUUGCCCUGGUUGUGAUGCCGCUGGCAGCCAUUGAGUUAACCACAGGGAAGUGGAGUUACGGAGAGACGUUCUGCCUGGUGCGAACCUCACUGGAUGUGCUGCUGACCACUGCAUCCAUUCUGCAUCUGUGCUGCAUCGCUCUGGACAGGUACUAUGCGAUUUGUUGUCAGCCUCUGGUGUACAAUAACAAGAUGACACCUGUGAGAGUCGCGAUGAUGCUGGUCGGAUGUUGGGUCAUUCCGUUUUUCAUCUCUUUCCUUCCCAUCAUGCAGAGCUGGAAUACCAUUGGAAUUGAGAGCUUUAUUGAACAAAGAAAAUUCAACUCAUCUCGUAACUCAACUUGUGUGUUCAUGGUGAACCAGCCAUAUGCUCUGGUGUGUUCAGCCGUGGCUUUCUAUGUGCCUCUGGUUCUAAUGGUUCUGGCCUAUCAGCGGAUCUAUGUCACUGCCAUGGGACACGCUCGACGAAUCGGCUCUCUUCAUCGGGCUGGUUCGGCUCCUACUUCCACUUACCCCAACAAUGACCAGCAUGGCUCCAGUCGCAUCAAGAAUGAGACCAAAGCAGCUAAGACUCUGGCUGUGAUCAUGGGCUGCUUCUGCCUGUGCUGGGCUCCCUUCUUCGUCACCAACGUGGUGGAUCCUUUCAUCAACUACAGCGUGCCCUGGCAGAUGUGGACCGCUUGGCUCUGGUUGGGUUACAUCAACUCGGGCUUGAAUCCGUUCCUGUAUGCUUUUCUGAACCGGGCUUUUCGCAGAGCCUUCCUCAUGAUCCUGUGCUGUGGAGAUGAGCGUUAUGCCCGGCAGGGGGGCUUUAGCCCAAGUAGACAGUGCUCCGAGUCUGUCAACGGGACCUCCAUUUCUCUCAGAUUGUCAUUUCUUCAAAGCCGAAGGUACAGCGACAAUUCCAACCGGUUUCUGUCAUGCGAGCUGGAAUCACAGGAGUCUGCCAUUGCAUCAUAGCCAAGAGCUCAAACGUAUACAGAUGCAGCUCAACAGUCCAAAUAUGUUGAAUCAGGACACUCUGUUGCGGUUUCUGUUUAGAUGAGUAUUCACUUUCAAUGAUGAAUGGCAAUUUUAAAAAAGACUAUGUUGCAAAGCUACUACACUACAGUAUGAAAGGUUGAUGUUUGCAUGCAGGCACUUUGUUAGACAGCCUAAAAUCAUCAAAACAAACACAUAUGGGUUGCAUUCGAAAUCACAUACUUAAAAAAAAAAGUAUUUGACAAACAUGUCUGAAUUUACAGUGGUCAUGAAAAAAGCCCUAAUCCACUACAGAGCAAGAAUUGUGCAUAUUUGGAACUAUUUACUAUCCCAUUAGGACACAAGAGAACAUUUGUGAAUGGCAGUGACGUGUAGCGCCGGCUGCUGUCAAAGCAUCGCUUCACAAAGCUUCAAAACAUUUUCGAAUCUUUUGUUUUGAAUCAUUAGUUUGGAGCAUUUAUCAAAUUUACCAAAUAAACCGGGUUUCAUUACCUCAUUAAUGUUUUGAAACAGUUCUGAUAUAGUUCUCCGCUGGGUGUGAUCUGAGUAAAGCCUGGCUCAAACUGUGUGAUUUUAAAUAAUCCUUAACUCCUAAAUCGGAGGGAAAAUCUGAUCACAAUGACCGUUAACUAUCUCAGACAAACAAAUCGUGACUAAAUUCUCAGUUUGAGCAAGGCUCAAGUAGGGCCGGAGGCAAGCUGAACUGCCGCUAGGCAAAGGACACGCAGCCCUCAACCACUGUUGCCAGAUGUAGCUGACAGAU